UCAGACUCCAAACAUGAUAACACUAAUGCACAAUUCAAUAACAACUUUGUUCGAUUACCUAAAAUCAAUCUACCUAGCUUCGAUGGGAACUAUCAAUACUGGCUCGAGUUUAGAGACACAUUUAUUUCGUUAAUUCAUGAUAAUAAUAGCAUAGACAAUAUUAACAAAUUUCAUUAUUUGCGAGCUUCACUCCAAGGAAAUGCAGCCUUAAUUAUAAAAAAUAUUGAUUUUACCGGCGAUAACUAUAAUGUGGCAUGGGACUCAUUAUGCGAACGUUUUAAUAACAAUCGCCUUCUUAUAGACAAUCAUUUGCAGGCAAUAUUUGAUGUUGAGCCCGUAUUGAGGGAGUCCAGUACUUCUCUUAGAAACUUAGUUGAUGUAAUAAAUAAAAACAUUAGAGCUCUUACAACAUUAAAACAACCUACUGAACAUUGGCAUACUCUUCUUAUUUUUAUAUUGGCUAAAAAGUUGGACAUAACAACAAGUCGUCACUGGGAAGAGUAUCGCAAUGAGUUGUCUAUUGAACCCACUUUACAUCAAUUUUGUACUUUUAUAGGAAGGAAAGCGGACUUAUUGGAAUCAAUUGAAACAAAUCAUAACUCGUCUAAUAAUAAUAAUAUAUUGGUUGCCUUAAAUAAUAAUCAUACAAACUUAAAUAAACAAACACAACAAAAUAAAAAAUCAAAUAGUAAUAACAGUUAUAAUAAUAGUAAACAAAACCUUUUAACUUGUCCGCUUUGCUCCCAACGCCAUUUACUAUUUUCGUGUGAAUCUUUUAGAGCUUUGUCUAUUGAGAUAUACAAAAAGCAAAGGAUUUUAAAGUUUGUCUUAACUGCUUACGCCCUGGUCAUUUUGCUAAGCAAUGCAAGCUCACUCAUUGCAAAUAUUGUAAAACUAAACACAACACUCUUUUACAUUUGGAAUCACAAAAUUUAGUACCUUUUAUUAAUCCUUUGCCUUCUGCUAUUGACAAUGUUACCUCCGCAGCUACUUCCUUGCAGAUUGCUACUUCUUCCCAUGUUUUACUGUCCACAGCAUUGGUGAACGUCUUGAACACUUCGGGCGAGAAGUACACUGCCCAGCUACUACUGGACAACGGUAGUACAGCCAACUUCGUAACGCAACGCUUGUGUGACAAGUUGGGUUUGUCACGAUGCGGCACGAGAACAAAGGUCACAGACAUAGAGCUCAAAAUGUACAACCUGUAAUGGGACAGCUACCUCUUAAUAGAACACAAUUAGAUUUUCCAUUUCAAAACUGUAAUGUUGACUAUGCUGGCCCAGUUUUGAUAACCGAUCGAAAGGGACGUGGUUGUAAGUUGUUGAAAUCUUAUCUGUGCAUUUUUGUUUGUUCUGCAGUGAAGGCUGUACAUUUGGAGCUUGUUACGGACCUCACCACCGAAGCUUACAUGGCUGCUCUGAAUCGGUUCGUGGCGCGGCGAGGCAAGCCUCAAAGCAUCACGUCCGAUAAUGGCACUAACUUUGUCGGUGCAUCGAAUGAUCUUCAAAGGUUCCUUUCGAGUAAUAAUCUUGCAUCUCAUAUAGCCCAGGAAGGCAUUGAAUUUAUUUUUACUCCUCCCUACACACCCCAUUUUAAUUCAUUGGCCGAAGCUGCAGUCAAAUCAUGUAAGCAUCAUUUAAAAAGAUUAUUGCAUCUCACUCAUUUCACAUUCGAGGAAAUGACAACUUGCCUUUGUAAAAUCGAGGCCGUCCUCAAUUCACGACCUCUUACCUCUCUUUCUUCUGACCCUAACGAUUUUUCGGCUCUUACACCUUCCCAUUUCCUAAUUGGGCGACCAUUGCUGACUGUACCUCACCCUCAUGUGGCUGACGUCACUAUCACCCGUCUGGAUCGAUGGAAACGCAUCCAACACGUUCAACAACACUUCUGGCGACGGUUUCAUAACGAGUAUGUCUCUCUGCUACAGACCAAGACGAAAUGGUUGGCAUCCACAGGCGAGGUCAAGCCUGGACAGCUGGUGCUCAUCAAGGAGAAGACCCCGCCACUGCUCUGGUCACUAGGGCGGGUCGUGAAGACCUAUCCAGGCGUGGAUGGCAUCACCAGGGUGGCCGAGUUGAAGACCAAGAGGGGGACCAUACGUCGAGCCUUCAACUGCAUCUGCCCGCUUCCACUUCAUUGAAGAAGAUGACUCUUCAACCCGGGGAGUAUGUUGGCGCUUCUCGGGUCCUCGGGCUUCAUCGAGAUCGAUCGGCCAUCAUCGGCUCCGCGCGAGGCGCCGGCACACUCCGUACGUGCCCGACGCCCACUCAGCCUCACGACCGCCACCGGUGUCAGACGCGGCCCUCCCACGUAGGCGCGAACUAGCGAUAUAUAUUUUACAAUAUUAUACCUAUGAAAUACAGUCCGCUUUUAAUUUAUAUAUCUGAAGUCUAGUCAGACC